AUACAAAACAAAAAGUUAAAAAGCAAUCGUGAAAUUGAACCCCUCUCCCAAUCUUCAAAGCAAAGAAGGGCACGAGAUGGAGCUGAUCUCAGAUGGAGUUGGGCAUCGACCCUCGCGGGUUGUGCGUUGCCUUCUUCACCUUUUCUGCGCUUUUUCGGCCUUUAUAAGCAAGGGAAGGUGGCUACUUCCUCACUCACUUCCUCUGUUUUACCCUUUCAAGGAUAACAAUAUCUGUUUUCAAGCACUUAUUAUAUCUCUAGUCUUCAUAAAAAUGAACAACCAACAGCAAGCUGGAAACGAAUACGAACCGGUUGUCCCGGGGUUUGAAACCCCGCCAUCACCAGACUCUAGCUACAACAAUGUCUUCUUCAUCACAGAAGAAGAGGAAAAGCAGGGCCCACCGCGGCUCCCCCCACAUCUAAACACGUGUGUGCUGAACCAAAUAAGCACGAGAGGGGGAGAUGCUUCAUCCUCAUCGCCACCCAACCCUGUGGUGUUAAACCACAUGUACACAGAUGCUUAUACUGGGGGCAGACAUUUUCCCCUGGAAGCCGUGGCGGUGUCAACGACGCAGCGCCUUGGCUCCCAAUAUGUUACAGCUGUGCUUUACAAACCAGCGCCGCAGAGGUGAAGUGGUGGCUGAUUAGUGGCGGCUGUGCUUUUUUAAAAAAAAUUGGAAUAGUUA